AUGUCUCAGGCUCGAGUUACGGAUUUCUUCUCCCAGAGAAAGAAAGGCAUCGCCGGUCCUUUGAAAGCAGCCAAGCAGCAGAGCGGCGCUGUUAUCGGCCGUGGCUCCUCUGGGACCAGCACAAAUGUUGCCAGCACACGGUCAAGAUCCUCGAAAAACAAAGGUGUUGCCAUUUGUUCGUCCUCCGUACAUGAAGAGUUUGUCCGAGUUAUUGACGAAGCAGCGGGGAUACACGACGGAGCGUGUAACACCAGUAGCACCGGGAAAGAGUUCCCCUCUUGUCCCCGGACACCGAAGAGGACUUCGGCCGAGACAGAGUUUGACCGCGGUGCAGCCGUGUUUUCAGCCACCGCCGACCACAGCACGGCCAAGAAGAGACGGCAAGCGGAGGUCGUUGGAGACGCUAAAGCUAAUGUUCCGGAGAAAGCAACGAGGAGGACGGCCAGGAAGAAACUGGUCCUCCCUCAGGACACACCACAGGCUGCAGUCCAACUCCAGCCCACUGAGGUGACCCAGCAGCCUACAGCUCCUGCAGCCCCAGUUUCUACACACACUGCUGAGAACCAGCCUCACUCCCAAUCCAGCAGCUCUCCACAGAGGAGUCAAGUCACCAAAAAGAACACUGGAGGACGGGCCAACAAGGCUUUGUGUAAAGAGGACAUCGCAGCCCUCAAGGCUCGCCUUCAGAGGAUCAAGAAACACGCAGAGGAGAUAACCAGUGCUGCUUCUCCCGCUUCAGCUUCCUCAACCCCUCCAACUGGUUCAGCUUCCAACAAAUCCACCCCCUCUGUCCCCAAGACUGCCACGUCUGCCACCUCUGAUGCUAAGGCCCUCAACUUCAAUAUAGCACAAGUCAAAGAGCUUGCAGCUAAAGCUCAGCGGAGGAAGGAGGAGAGAGAGGCCGAGGAGAGCAAGUUGAGUGAGGCACAAACACAGGACAGUACCGAGCAACCAGCAUACCAGCGGUACCACACCCUCGCCCAGGCGGCCCCCCCUGGCCUCUCCCUGCCUUACCAGUACAAGGUGCUGGCUGAGAUGUUCAGGAGUAUGGACACUGUGGUUGCCAUGCUGUACAACCGCUGUGAGACAGCCACCUUCAGCAAGAUCAAACAGGGAGUUCAGGACAUGAUGCACAAGCGAUUUGAAGAGAGCCAAAUCAGUCAGAUAAAGACGGUGUUUCCCGAGGCCUACAUAUUUAGACAGGAGAAGAACAUCCCAACCUUCAACAGCAGCAUUAAGAAGGGCAGCUACCAGCUCACUGUGGAGCCCGUCAUUCCCUCUGACCAGAAUGAAGUCCGUCCUGCCCUGUCAGCCUCUCGUCUCCUGGAGAGAAGACGCAUCUUUCACCUGAAUCUGGUCUCCAUAGUCAAACAGCACCACAAGGUCUUCCUGUCCUCGUUGGUUCCUCCGGUGUCUAUUCCAGAGGACAAACUGACCCGAUGGCACCCUCGCUUUAAUGUGGACACCGUGCCAGGCGUCUCAUCCAGCUCGCUGCCUCAGCCUCCUCAAACUGAGAAACUGGCCACAGCUCAGGAGGUGCUGGAUAAGGCUCGCUCACUCAUCACACCCAAGAUGGAGAAAGCUCUGGUGUCUCUGGCUCUGAAGACAGAAGAUAAAGCUGCAGAGAGUAAAGAGCCAACAUCUCCAUCAAACCCAGCAGUCCCCCAGACAUCAGCUCCAUCAGCUGCCCCCGCAGCUCCGAUCCCAACUGCCCUGAAAGGAGUGUCCCAGUCCCUGCUGGACAGGAUUCGGGCAAAGGAGGUCCAGAAACUCCAGGCAGCCAUGACUCGAAACCCUGCCCAGGAGGACCGCUUGCUGAUGAUGUCACGGCUCCCUGAGCUGGCCAGGAUUCUCCGGAACGUUUUUGUAGCAGAGAAGAAACCGGCUUUAAUAAUGGAAGUGGCCUGUAACAGGACGGUGGCCAGCUUCAGAUCUGCUCUCAGCACAGGUGAAAUGGAGAAACAUAUCCGCCUGUUGGCAGAAGUGGCUUCUGAUUGGCUGACUAUUCAUCCAGUCAGGAAGGACUUCUACCUGAAGUUGAACAAGAACAUGGAGCUCAGCAUUGUUCUGGACAAACUGAGCAGCAGACUGCGAGAGGAGGAGAGGCUCUGAGACAUUUCCCUGACAGAAUGAUGACUGAGUAAUGUGGCAGUGAAGUGCUCACCUUCCUCAGGCUGUCGCUGUGUGAGCUGCCAGGACACUGAAGGCUAGUUUCUGUAGAGUGCCAUGUUUUUCAGUGAAUAUCACUGGUUUGUGGGCAGUAGGCACGUGUCUUACAUUUUUCGACACAGAGGGGUUUGUUAUUCGCCCUGUGCUCUAGGCUGUGUGAAAGACAUUGUAGCAGACUGAUCUAGGCACAGCUCCAGGACACCGUUACGUCCAAAAAUCAUGGGACCACAUUGGACAGACCAGACCCCGUCCUAGUGUUUCUACUGUCCCAGUGUUGUAAGCUAGUUGUUUUAACCACACUUGGGUUGUAGUGGCUGAUGAUGUGCUUUGUUUUUAUCUCCUCCAUGAAAGUGUCAUAUUGGUUGCUGCUUCCAGUCUUUUUAGGGAUCAGUUUUCUACAGUGUAGAACUGAUGACUGUUUACAUUUUUAAAAGUUACUGUUUGAUGUUUAAGAAAUACAUGCAUUUGUCAGAGUCA